CAGCUGGGCUGCCCUGAUGCAUUUCCAUGCGUAUCGACUUAGCCCUGUGCUCAUCUCUGUGACGACUUACCUUACUUGCCUCACUUUAGUUUCUUUUGCUUGCUUGUCCACUCUUUGCUCCUAUUCCCUUCCCAAAUCCUUUUAUUAUCCUGGCUGCUUCUAGUCCUCUGCCACCUUUUUCUUGCAGAAACUCUGACUGUUGACUACCGCUAAAAUUACCCUUUCCCUCCACCCUCCUCCGUUUUCUCGGCCGAGAAACGGUUCGAUAGGAAACGUGUGGUCGUAGAGCUACCGCGAGGAGCCGCGGUGAUCUGUCGAGGUGAAACAAUACCUCAAGGUGUACUUAUGGCUCAGAGCUGGGUUAGAGAGGAAUCCUCAUCGUCUCAUUCCGAGAGAGCGGGGGGAAGAGCACAAGCACUUGCACACACACAAGAGCAAGUAAACUCGCAUGUACCCUUUACAAAUAUGAACCAUGCGUCCUCUUCGUCGUCAAGGAAUCAAGCAGCAGCAGCAACACCAACAACAGAAUCACAAGUACAGGCGCAACUACCUGCUUCAACAUCGACGACUGCGAUCUUCCCAAUAACUGAUCUGACCACUUAUCCGUCUUCUAUUCCCCACCCUACCAGCGUCAAUACUUUCAAUACCAUCGAUAUUCCCUAUACAGAGAGCUCUUACAGUAGCAGCAACGUUUCUCCUGCUUCAACCAGUACCCCGGCUACUCCCAUUACAGGUGCCGGCAAUACUGAACGCAUCGCUACCACCAGAAGCCCAUCUGUCUCUGCUGCCAGCACUUCAACUAAAACUACUUCAGUCGCCUCGACUGCCUCAGCUUCAUCCGACAUUGUUGCACCAUCAGCAGCCCCUCCAGCUAAAGCAAAGCGUGUCCGGACAAGCAAGCCCAAAGUCAAGACAGGAUGUGCCAAUUGCAAACAAAGGCGAAUCAAAUGCGACGAGGCUCGUCCAGCUUGUACGCAAUGUGUUCGAAGCAACAAAACCUGCACAGGCUAUCCGCCCCCUAGUCGCAGUUCCCGCCCAUUCGAGGAGAUCCGGAUCGCUCCAAAGCCGAUGCCAGCAUACGAUGCCCAAGCAUCUUCAAGCACUUCCAUUGCUCCUCUCCACGGCGACUACCAUCUCCUGCCACGUCGGGCCCAUCAAAGAUCAAUUUUGAGGACUACAUCACCGGGGACUACUUCACCGUCACCCACUACUUACCAUCCAUCCUCCGUCAUGCAGAUUCAACCAAAUGAAUCCUUAUACUUUGACAUAUUCCGCUCACACACUGCUAACGAGCUUUCUGGCUCCUUCAAAAAUCUCUUCUGGACGCACUAUGUAUUGCAGGCGUGCCACUCUGAGGAUGCCAUCAAAUGUGCUGUUAUUGCACUGGGUGCUCUGUAUCAGACUCUCGAGCAGACGGCUGCCCUGGAUAUGCACAGUGGAUCGGAGAUGGGUGGUGACGCCCGUGUCGAGCUUGUCAGGGGUCAUUGGCAAGUUGCCGUCAGGAGAUAUGGUGAUGCAUGCAAUGCUUUGGUGAAACUCAACACCCAAGACCAGAGAUCACACAGGACCUCGAUCAUGGCGAAUGUGCUUCUGGCCUGCUUUGAUUCCUUUAUUGGUGAUCACAGGCAGGCCAUUCACCAGAUCCAGACCGGACUCGGCCUGCUCGACAUCUUCCGCACUCAACAAAGACAAAGACUCCCCCCAGUUUCCGAAAAUUCGCUGGAGGAGGAAUUGGUUAUCAUUUUUACGCGCCUGGCGAUUCAAGCAAAGUCCUACGAUAUGGCAUUUCAUUUCCCCCAGCCGUUCAGUAUAAGGCUCAGCUCACAAUCGCAAACACAAUCUCCUGGUCCGAGUGGCACAACAACCCCUUCGCAAGAGGAGCCCUUCUCGAUCCCUGAAACUUUUACAUCUGUUGUCGAAGCUCGGGUGGCCUGUGAUGCGUUGAAUGCUAGAAUCAUGAGAUACGUCGAGGAGCUUUUCGCCAUGAAGACCGACCUCAAGAGUACCCUACCCCAAUCGUGGCUUGACUAUGGUCUUCAUUUCAAGGAUUACCUGGACGCUUGGGGGAAAGCGUUCGACAACCUGUUUUUCACACGACACAAUCCUUCUGUCAGCCUUCAGGAGAAAGCAGGCAUUGCUGCACUGAAAAUGCUGUCCACGAAUUCAAGAAUCCUGUACCUCAUGAUGUUCAGUGACAAGGAGUCUGACUUUGACAACUUCCUUCCUCAGUUUCAGACAAUUGUUGAUCUUGGUACCGAAAUAGUCGGGGACGAAGAGAGGCGAGCCGCAUCCCGCGAUUGCCCCGAUCCUGAGCACUGCCAACAUCGCCAACGGGAAAAUUGGCAAAGCCAAGACUUGUUCCCGCCCAUGGGAUUCUCAGCUCCGCAUCUCAAGCCCAGGUUCGCAGCUGACAUAGGGAUUGUUGCACCUCUGUUUGUCGUAGCGACCAAAUGUCGCGAUCCAGGAACAAGGCGCCGAGCUAUUCAGCUUCUACGCAGCAGUGCCCGCCGUGAAGGAAUGUGGGAUAGCGAGAUGGUUGCGAAUAUUAGUGCAUGGGUCAUGAAUCUUGAGGAGUCAGAGGCGCUGUCCAUGGGGGUCGAGUCGUAUCAUGUCGACGGCAUCACGAGGCCCAUACCACGAAUAGUCCCCGAAGAAAAGCGCUUCACAAUUCGCUCUGUUGACUUCGACCUUCGAACUCGAGUUGCGGACCUUCAAGUUGGCACUCGCGGUCUCCCACCCGGUAUUCCCGAUUCUAAAUUUCGUCAAACUCGGCUGAACUGGUAGCGAGGCCAGAGGAGUACUGGCGCUCAUAUUCGUGUUGUAUAAACUGGUUUACCAGCCGUGUAUAUAGACAUGAUCUUUCGUGGAGGUGGUGUAUUGGACUCGGAGUUCACGGAGGUUGGGAAAUGUGUUGAAAUACCAUAUCCAUGUUGUGUUAUCAAUGCAACAAAAACUCUCUUAGGAGACAGACUCUAAUAGUACAUCCAGCGCCUAUUAUGCAUGCCAUUCUGGGACCUAAACAUAUCAAAUUUGUGCUAAUGCUGAACAGUGCCACCCAUGUGUAAAAAGUGAGAAUGCCCAUAGUCUCACGGUGUUACAGCGGUGGUAACUCUUCUCGACAUAUGGGACACUGGAGUCGAAAUCUCAUCCAACCUUCCAAGCAAGCGCUAUGAAAUAUAUGCCUGCAAGGUGUGACCAUGUAUAAGCGACGAGCGAAGACACCAGCAACGCCGGUGUCUUCAUCUUCGGCAGUGAGCACUGGUACCUCCAAGACUUCUCGACAGAUUGCGCAGUCGAUACUCCUCGUCGUGCUUUGCUUCUUGCUGCCAUCAUCACCUGAUGACCGGGCACGCUCGAUACCCGGGGUGUCAUCAGCAACCAGGCCAAUUGGCAAACCACCAGCUUCGAGACUAUCCUCGCGAAGAACAGGAUGGUAGUCCCAAGCAUCAGGGGCCCAGCCAGCGGGAAUGCCAAAGCGGGGACCGAUAAUGUCUUGUGCAGCAAGAAUGAUAAGCUGUAUCCAAAGCCAGGCGCAAAAGACAAGGAACGCAUGUCGGUCCGAGCGAGCAUAAAGAAAAUUGUCCUCUUUGAUCCAGAAAUAGGCUAUGGGGAGAAGUCGUAAGAUAGACUGACCAAGGACGAAUGGCCAGCCAAGAGCUCGGCGGCAGUUUCGACGAGUAUUACGGAGAAUUUGAGGAAUCCACAGGGAUAGAUAGAUGAGGACACACAGAUUCAGGAACAAUGACCUCAGAUUGGGAUACCAUGUUGUAGAAGAAAUGGACAGGAAUAUAAUACAUAGAGAGGAGAGGAUCAUGCGGCCAAUGAUGCUUUGAAAAGAUUGGGGGGCCUCCUCAGCACGUUGCGCAGUUGUGGCACCAGGGACUGCUGCAGCAGCAAUCUCGGCAUCAAUAUCUUGAUCGGAGGGAACAAUCACAGGCUGUUGCUGAGAUCGAGGAGGGGGAGGCAUGGCCGGUUGGUGCGCUGUCACAGGCUCUGGCAAGAGUGAUCUGUCUGGAGUCGCCGCUGCGUUUAGUUCGGUGCCAUUGGUGUUAUCACCCAUGUUGUUCGCUUCCCGCUCACGUCGAGGCCGGGCUUCAGGAAGCUGAACUUCAUGGACUUUGGCGAGAAAGCUUCCACCAAUGGUCAUGGACAGAAAUGCGGCAAACAAGAGGGCCAAUGUCGGCAGAAAGGUGGCGCCAGCAGAUGAUACCCAAGUUGCUGCAGCAGUGAAGGUCAUGCCGUCAACCAUGAGCAUCAUGGCGAUAGUCCAAAAGCUCACUCGACCCAUGGUCGAAGGGGUGCAAGACUCGCGCAUCUGGUUCUUGAGUAGAUUGAUCUGACCAAAUACAACGAUCGCGUAGACAAGAAUCCAUGUUUUGACUUGGUAGAGUUGAACCUCUAUCUUCAUGCCUGUUAAGUGCUGGGCCUCGCUUGGCCCAAAAUCUGGUGGUCCUUUGGUCUCUAGGAAGAAGCCGCAGUCUGGAGAGUAGAUGAUAGCUGACAUCUGGAGUUUGGGUAUCUUUGGGAUGGGUGCGCCAACAGGUGAUUGUAACUCUGACUCAACAGCGUCAAUAACAGACUCUAAAGCCUCCCGCGAUGAUUCCUGAGAAUCGAUGUUGAAAUGGGUUCGACUUGGUGGAAAGACUUGCGCAUACAUAACAUAUUCGCAAUGUGGCGAUGGGUUAGUAGUGUAUAGAGGGUUCUCCAGAUCUGAUGUCCAUGGUACAGUCUGGUCUGCAUAUAUGUUCUCCCUCUUUGUCGCAAUGGUGUGAGCGAUCGACUCGUUAAGUAGCCUCUGACUAGACUGGAAGAAAUCCUCACUUGGUGUAAGGUGUGGCAAGCCGAAUAUGCCCUCGAACUUCUCGCUGGUGGUGGUCAUCAAAACCACGCCCUGACGUGGCCAAUGAACGCCCCAUAGCCUCAUUUCCCAGUCAUGGCCAGAGCCAUGGGUAUCCUCAAUAGUCGUCGUGCCCUUGACACUCCGUAUGAGACCUCCAGCGACGGGGACGCUACUUUCAGUUGGCAAUUGCUCAUACUCGUUGAUGGUUUGAUUUCCUUCUAGGCGCAGCAUCAUGCGCCCUGUGCGACCAGUAAUGUUACGCGCCCAAGGCACAUUAUCACCAAUCCAGUCCAUAUCAGGAGCAAUUUUGCUCAGAUUGUAGCUGUUAUAUCCUCUAGAGAUAGAGCCUUUUGGCUUGACCCAUUCUCCAUGAACAGUCCCGGAUGCAUUCAACCAGAUAGGCUCACCAUGUCCGGUGUCCCACAGAUUAUGUUCUCCAAUAGGUGGUAUGGCAUGUCGGCUGAAGGCCAAACUCCGCUCGCGGAACCUUUUCAAACCGCCCCAGGAGAGGUUAUCAUCCGCACGAAAACCCGUAAGAUUUAAAAACGAUGAGUUCGCCUUGGAGUCUUUCCCUGGGACUGGUGCGAAAUCGCCCCAUCGCGAAGCAUUCAGCACGUCUAGAGCAUCCUGAAAAUGAUCAAGUCUCUCGCCAGCGAGAUCGGAAAGAGUCAGAGAUUGACUUGAGUAGUCGCUAUCGGGGAAGACGAGCCAAACAAUGAAAACGAUAAAUAUAAGUGUAGCGAUUGGAUGUUGGGCUUGAGGCAUGAUGGAUAGAUGGCCCACGAUAGCGAGCGACUAUCACUGUAUCAUGCUAAAAUUGGGUUAGUCGUCGGCCCAAGACGACGUGGUAAAGAUGGUAAUGACUGA